AUGGAUAACAAUUUAGGUUGGGAUUUAGAUUUAGGUUGGAUUAAUAGCGUUUCCAUUAAUGCUUGGUGUUUAUAUGAUAGCGAAAGGGAUGCAUGGGAAGAAUGUUAUAAAUUAAAUGGUAUCUAUAAAGCAGCAUGGCUGUUAAAAGCAGUUUCUUGUUUAGAUCUCACAACAUUAUCUGGAGAUGAUACUUGGAGCAAUGUAAAUAGAUUAACAAUAAAAGCUGUAAAUCCUAUACCAUCAAAAAUAUUAAGUGCACUUGAAUUUCCACAAAAAACAUUUACCACAGCUGCUGUUUGUGUUUAUCCCUCUAGAGUUACUGAUGCAGUAUCUACACUAAAAAAAUUAUCACUUGUCGAAGAAUUUCCUGUUGCUGCUGUUAGCACUGGUUUUCCUACUGGUCAGUUUUGUUUAGACUCUAGACUUCUUCAAAUUGAAGAUUGUUUAAAAAAUGGUGCCAGUGAAAUAGAUGUGGUCAUUGAUCGUUCAUUAGUUUUAACAAACGAAUGGGAAUUACUAUACAAGGAGUUAAAGCUUAUGAAGGAAAAAUGUGGGUCUGCAAAAAUGAAAACAAUAUUGGCUGUUGGAGAAUUAGGCAAUUUUAGAAAUGUAUACAAAGCUAGUUUAGUUGCCAUGAUGGCCGGUUCAGAUUUUAUUAAAACAUCGACAGGAAAAGAAACUAUUAAUGCUACCUUUCCAUUAGGCACAGUCAUGAUGAGAGCCAUAAGAGAAUAUUAUACGAAAACAAAUUAUAAAGUUGGUUUUAAAGCUGCUGGAGGAAUUAAAACAUCCAAUGAUGCAUUAAAUUGGUUGGCAUUAGCGAAAAAAGAAUUGGGUGUAAAAUGGCUUGAUAAAUCAUUGUUUCGAAUUGGUGCUUCUGGACUUUUACAAGAUAUAGAAAAGGAGUUAUAUUGUUUAACUUUUAAUAUGGUUCCAUCACUAAAUGAAUUUACUUUGCCUUAA